AUUACUACUACUAGACUUUCACGUACAUUCACGUUUAUACUCACGUAUACACAGGGGGGAGAGACACUAAGUGAUACAAGCGCACGCACAUACACGACGAAAGAGAAAAAAAGAGAUAGAGACACGGAGAACGCACAGAUCCCUAGUAUCGUUGACUAAUUUCACCGAUCCUCGACAUCGUAAAAACCCUACUUGAUACUAGAUCUUUAUCCGGUACAUACCGGCGCAUAUCCGUGAUGCUGGAAAUCUUGGGUAUCGUGCACACAUACACACAUAACAUCGUAAAAAUUCCUGCUGCGGAAAAUCCGUGAAAGAGAGAGAUGUCACAAAUUAUAUGACCAUCUCUCGGCGCAUCUUUUCAUCGGAAUGAUCCGAAAGUGCGUUUUGUUUAACACAAACGGCGCUCUCACAUAAAGAGAAGAAUUCGGACGUACAAACAAAAAAGCGAAAAAAUUCUUGAUGGGCUUUCGCACUUAUAUUUGCGUUAGGUGCAAUUCGAGUUUAGUCUGUUUAGUGAAAAUUAAAAGCGAGGAAAAAAAGAAAGAAAAAAUUUAUUAUAUAUAUUUCGGGAUUGAAAUAAAAAAAAAUUGUAUGAAUUUAUGAUCGACUAAUUAUUAAAUUGGUGCUUUUGGAAUGUAUUAGACUGACUUAAUUGUUGUACGUUUUAAGAAAAAAAAAUAACGACGUUUUACCAUGUAAUCGGCAGAUAUAUUAUUUCUAUUUGGAGCGUUUUAUACAAACAUAUAUGUAUACAUGUAUACACGAAGAUGAUAUUUACACGAUACACAUACACACACACACACACGACACGUACACACACGUACAUACACGUGCGCGCAUGCACGCAUGUAUAGACUGAUUGUGAAAUGAUACGUUACACGGAGUAAGAAAAAAAGACGCAAUGUGCGACGAGAAAGAGUUUGGAAUUAUGUUUGAUUGAGUAAGAUUGUGAGCAAUUACAAGUAAUAUGUACAUACGUAUUUCCGAUCGGAGAAGGAACACGAAUAUAUAAUACGAAGGACGGAUGAAAUGUAAAACCUAUCUGGAAAUUUAUAGGAUCUUUUGUGGAUCCAAGGAAUCUAGGAAUACCAGGGAUCCCAGGAUUUGAGAGAUUCCGAUUGUGAGUGUUUUCUUGUUUGAAAGCCGAGUGAGCUUGAAGAACUUAGAAAUUCACGGAUCCAAGUAUAAAUCUUCGCGCGUAUAAUUUAUAUAUAUAAAUUUAUAUAAAUUAUAUAAUGUAUAUUUUGAAACGUUUCGCGCGGGAAGAGAAUUUUUGAGGAUCUUGAAGCUCGCGAAGAGAAUGAAAAAUUUUUCUAAACAUCUAUGAGACUUUACCGAUUUGUUUUUCUCUCGUUAGAGUAUUUUCUUCUUAAAUCCGAGGAUCCAGGUAUUCGCACAUUCUCCAUUUGUAGACACGCAACGAUGCAUGUGUACACACACAUUAAUCAUAUUGUAUUUUAACGAUUACUAAUUAAUAAUCUACAAUAAUCUUAACAAUCAUUAACUAAAAGCGAUUUAGUUGAUGAAUAUCAUUAACUAAACUUAAGCAUGUAACAGUUGAACACGCACGAUCUGACUGACAUAAGAGAGAAGUAGCAAUGUGGAAUGUAUGACUGUGUGAAUGAAAGAAAAAGCAAUGGAGAGAAAGAGAGAGAGCGAGCGAGCGAUAGUAAGAAACACAAAAAUUAUAAUUAAGUAGCGACAGUAAACGACAAAAAAUAAAAUUGGGCGAAAGCUAUGACAUAUUUGCCAUUAAAGUCAGUGUGUAUUUUUUUUCAGAAAAUAAAAUAAAAUAACACAUACUGCGCUCUUCAUGACAUAGUUUUGGAGUGAAAUACAAUUAAAUUGAAUUAACAACGGCUCUGCAUCAAGCUUUGAUAACAUGACUCCUCCUUAUACGUUUUAUGUGCUACCUGUAAGAUUCUUCUGUGUAAAAACGCGUUAAAGUUUUCUUUUAUUUUUAUUCCCUCCAAUGGCUAAGGCAGAAUUACUUCUGACGCGCGUUUAUAUUUAUUUUCUCUUUGUACAUCUUCUUUUCUAAAAUCUUUAUUAUACUUAUAUAACGCGAAAGGUAUUGUAACACAAGUUAUAUAUAUUUUUCAAGAUUUUUGAUUAUCUUUAAUACAGCAAAUAAAAGUAUUAAGUUAUUAAAACCACAUAUACCCACAUAUAUAUUUGAUUUAUAAGACACAUUCUCGUAAUAAUGAGUUUAACUGACUCAUUGUAGUCAUAGUAACACGUCCGACAACACUGAAACUUCACCUGCUCGUCGGUCAGUAUUAGUCGCAGUCGGUUGAGAUAUGGAAGUACUUUUUAACUCCUCAGCGUUUUGUUUUUAUUUACACUUAUUGUUAAAAAUUUAAGUUUGAAACAAUCGUGGUUUUAUAUGCAUAAAUUGUUACAUAUGAAUAUAUUAUCGUGUAUUAUCGUGCGUAAAUAAAACCUGUCGAAGUAAGUAAUAUAAUCUCAGUCAUCUUCGAACUUGUCGACAUUUGUUGAACAUUAUGUUACUAAAAAAGUGAUAAAAAUAUAACAAAGUACUUAACUUUGUUUUGUUUUUGAAAAACAAUUUUCUAGAAUAUAUCUUAAAAAAUAAAAGUCACACACACACACACACACGUAUAUUAGUCUUACAACUUUACAUAUAACACUUGUAUAAUUAUAUAUAUUUCAAGUAGCAAUAAUGAUUUUGUGGCAUGGCCGAGUUACAUAUAAUCGGGCAAGUGUCAUCCGCGAAGAACUUUAAGCAACCGCGUUUGAUGUGUAAAUGGACCUUCCACGUUGGCAAUGGUUGGAAAGUCAUAUCCGGAAACGAAGAGGGACAAACACAGGAGAGUUGCGAUCUUUAUACAAACAACCCGGUCUGGGAUCAUCCUGUAGACUUGCAUUACUCGACUCAAACUCUACAAAAUUCGCCGAAGUUAUUAUUACAAGUGUUUUGCAGAGACACAUAUGGGAGAAUACUGUUCCUCUCGUAUGGAGUGCAUAGUAUUCCGUUGUCGCCCGGCAAUUGGAAAGAUAGAUUGCAUGACAAAUUCUUAGGGAAAGGCUUGCAACUGACGUCACCGAGUGUUUUAGUCAACACGGUGGACAGAUUUGAGAUACUCACACAAAGUAUGGGAACCGUGAUCGUUUGCUUGCACAUCGUGGCGAGGAACUUCGACAAAUUUGGGUGCCAAUUGUGAACGAACACAUUUGUG